UUUUUAUGGUUAGAACAGAAAAAUGGAUAUGGUUAGUGUUUAUACUUUGACAUUCUAUUGGUAUAACAGAGGAAGUUAAGAGGGAGAAUAUGGAAAGACGUGAAGUGGAAGAAGUGAGCAAUGAAGUUGAAGAGCGUCAAGAUCUGCGAUUUAAGGUCUUUGUUGGAGGUUUAGAUAAAUAUGCUAAGGAGGAGGAUCUCAGGAAGGUUUUUGGUGGGGUGGAGGAGGUGACUAAAGUGAGACUAAGUUGGGACUCCGAAUCCAAAAAGAGGGUUGCUUUCUUGACGUUUGCAACUGUUGAGCUGGCCCGUCGUGCUAUCUGUGAAAUUUCAGAUCCAGUGAUUAAUGACAAGAGAUGUUGGACAGCUCAAAUCCAAGAUGGCAGUAAAACUCUCUACGUUCCGAAUAUAUGCAAGGAAUGGACGAAGGAUGAUCUGGAAGACAAGCUUGCAGAAUAUGGUGUUAAAAACUAUGAUGUCUUGACCUUGAAUCCUGCUAGAGAAAACAAGGAGAAGAACCGGGGAUAUGCUCAUCUGGAUUUCCGUUCCAGAAAAGAUGCAUCGGAAGCUCUUGAACUCUUGAAAAAGGAGAACGUUUCAUUUGGUCAGAAUCGAGCUGCCAAGGCUGAUUUUUCACGCAAAUAUGUUAGUGGGAAUGACGAAAUUAUGUCACAUGUGAAAGCGUGGGCAGAUUUAGCAAAACCGCGAGUGAGAAUUCCUUCAGAAGGUACUGCUCAAGCCAGUAGUUCUGUUGCGCAGGAAAUUGGCCGGGGAAACGAAGUUCAACAGGAUUCUCAUCGCUCUCACACAGAUGCUCCUAGUGCUAUAGAUCCUAGUGAGAGAAGUGAGGUGAGAAUUCCUUCAGAAGGUACUGCUCAAGCCAGUAGUUCUGUUGCGCAGGAAAUUGGCCGGGGAAACGAAGUUCAACAGGAUUCUCAUCGCUCUCACACAGAUGCUCCUAGUGCUAUAGAUCAUAGUGAGAGAAGUGAGGUGAGAAUUCCUUCAGAAGGUACUGCUCAAGCCAGUAGUUCUGUUGCGCAGGAAAUUGGCCGGGGAAACGAAGUUCAACAGGAUUCUCAUCGCUUUCACACAGAUGCUCAUAGUGCUAUAGAUCGUAGUGAGAGAAGCGAGACAAGUUGUAAACCAUAUAAUGGUGGUCCUAGAGAAUCAUCUAGCCCUGGAGAUAGAAAUGCAGUAUCCCAUAGUGUCGGAAGGAAAAAGCAGUUUCCUUCGCCGGAGAGAUUAAAUACUGGAAGACCUUCUGUUCCAUCUCAAGGAAUUACUCGAGCUGCUGCUCAUAGACCUUCUCGUCACAAUGACUACAUUUAUGAAAGAAAUACCGAACAGCCUUCAAACUAUUAUGAAAGUCAUAUCUGUUCUAAACGUCCUCAUUCUGCUGUGGAGGAAGUUUGCCCUCGCAGUACUGAACCUUUCGUUCAACGAACAAGAGCUCGUGUUGAUCACGAGAAUUCUUCUAGAAAUUAUUCACAAUGGAAGGAGCAUAGUUCUCGAAUUGGCUAUGGAGGACAAGGGGAUGCUCACAGACCUUCUCGUCACAAUGACUGCAUUUAUGAAAGAAAUACCAAACAGCCUUCAAACUAUUAUGAAAGUCAUAGCCGUGAUUACAAUUACACUUCUGGUUCUAUACGUCCUCAUUCUUCAAUGGAGGAAGUUCGCCCUCGCAGUACUGAACCUUUCGUUCAACGAUCAAGAGCUCGUGUUGAUCACGAGAAUUCUUCUAGAAAUUAUUCACAAUGGCAGGAGCAAAGUUCUCGAACUGGCUUUGGCGAAGGUGCUAGUACCUCUGCCAGGAAUUAUAGUGGACUCUCUGACACUAGAACAUCAACUGUGGCAUCCAGGGGAUGCGAGCUUGAUAGAGGGGAUGAUCGGAGGAUGCCUUCUAGAUAUGGCCAGGAUUACACAUCCAGGGAUCAUCCGCGCUCUGCGUCAGAUGAUGCACAUGAAGAAUCACACCGAUCUGAUUACCAUCACAGUCGUGUGAAAGAUGGUGGCUCAAGCAGCAGAAGAGCUUCACGCAAAUAUCACAAAGGAUGACUGGUGCAGCACCAUAAGGCACUCUUAACUAAUUCAGGGUUGAAUUAGGCUCGCGGCAUUUAUUACUUGGAGACCUUCAGAAAAGUUUUAGCCAUUCAGAUUUUGAACUGAUUGUGCUAUCACGUAAUAUAAUGUUCACUAAAGUGGUCUGAUAGAGAUGGACAACGUGUGUUUUGCAUAUAGUCAGAUUAGGAGAUGUUCUAAAGCCUAUUUUUUAAUAACGCUAGCUGAUCGUAAGGUAAUGGAUAUUCUCGCUCUAUGGUUCAUAGAAUGCCUCACAUCAGGUCAGAUCUGUUGAAAAAAGCUCACUGCUUGGGUUACACCUGCAUUUUCUUUUUGCAUUACUUAAUGGAAAAGUAAAUGACGCAGUUCCAUUCAAAGGAGUUCUUCGAUUUUCGCGAUCGGGUUAUUGGUGACAUAUUGACAGGGUUUCUUGUUUCUUCAACUAGAAAUUUGGAUCAGUGUUUGCAGAUGUUUGAACCAAUGAAAAGUUAUGCAAAAAUGAACUCCUCAGAACUUGGA